AUGUCUGAUCCAGCCGCAUCUAUUUCAACUGGUUUGGAAAACGUCGUGAUCCCUAGUGAUCCUCCCGAGACUUCCGAACAUAGAACUACUAUUCAACAUGAUGAACAUAUCGCCCGCUUGACUCAAGAGAUUGAGGAUCUACGUGGAGAACUGAAUCGGGUUAGGGACUUGACCAAUUUGUCCAUCACACUCCAAAGUCCACCUCCUGAACCUAGAAAUGUCGCACCAAACCCACCUCGUUUUCCAUCGCUUGAAUCUCCAGCUCCUAAACAUUUCCCUCCACAAAAUAAUACACCUACCAACAACAACUUUCCUCCAAUCACCCCCGCAAAUCCACCAAAUCCAUCAUCCGUCUAUACCCCUCCACAAAGCCAACCACCCACCUACACUACCUAUGUUAUUCCUAAUCCACCACCCGUCAACCCACCAAGUCAAUCGCUAGUUCAAACUCCUUAUGUUCCUUUAUCCACUAACACUAAUCCACCACCUAAAACUACUCUUCCAAACCCACCAAACUAA